AACAGUAGAGGGCAGCAUUGGCGCGUUACAGUAAAUGUUUCAACAAAAAAUAAAUACGACGAAGAAGAACGAACAGGAAGAUGAGGGAGACAACAGAUGAAACAUGCUAGCAGGUCCUAUGCUCCGUUUAAGGAUCUCUCCACAAGAAGAAGAAUUCAUCCAUGAAAUCACCGCGCUCAGACAAGCCAUUUUAAAAAACGAUGACAGACUUGUCCAUGAGAUGCUUUGCCAAGAAAUCUACAAGAAGGUCAUCAACUGCCGAGGCGGCUGGGGACUCAGAGGCACGCCUCUGCAUGCCGCCGUGUCCAAAGGGCACCUCAGCUGCCUGCAGAUCCUUCUAGCCCACGGCGCCCUGGUGGACUGCGAGAACAACAAGGCCCAGACGCCUCUCUUUGCAGCCGUCCGCGGGAAAUAUCUGGACUGUGUCCUAACGCUCCUAAGAGCCGGCGCCAACCCCAAUGGAAGCGCAUCCAAUAAUUGCUCCCCCGUCCUCACUGCUGCCCGGGAGGGGGAUGUGGAGAUCUUAAAAGAACUGCUUAAACACGGUGGCGACGUGAACUCCCGCUCCAAAGUCUUCCUCUUGACGUCCAGCGGCAGGGUGUCGAGCGGGCCGCUGUACUUGGCUGCAGUUUACGGUCACAUGGAGUGUUUUAAACUGCUGCUCCUCUACGGGGCCGACCCAGACUACAACUGCACGAACGCAAGGCUGCUGAGCUCCAUCAAGCAGCCAAAGACUGUGCUGGAGAUGUGCCUGCGGCACGGCUGCGGCGUGGAGUACAUCCAGCUUCUGAUCGACUUCGGCGCCAACGUCUACCUCCCCACGCUGAUCAUCGAGAAGUCGACAAAGCAGAACGAGGCCGUGGAGCUGCUUCUGCAGGAAAGAGGAAAUCCAAAGGCCUUGACUUCUCAGUGCCGACUCGCUGUCAGAAGAUACCUCAAGAAGAUCAACAAGAUCCAUUGUAUCGAUCAGCUGGAAAUGCCAACAAUUCUCAUUAACUUUUUGCAACAUAAGCCCACUCCAGUCGCUGUUCUGUAGCUCAGCCUGUUCGUGAAAUAGCUUUUAUUUCAUCAUUUCUUUUUUAUUUGCAAACUGUGGACCAGCUUUGUCACUUUUCUUCCUGUCUAUGUGCUGUUGUGGGUAUGAAAUUAAAUUCAAAGGAAAUGUG